CCGGGAUGGGUCGGAUGGCCGCCGCUGUCGCUGCCCGGAGGAAAGCCGAGGGGGAUACCUUGAAAUACUUCGUCGAGGAUCCCGGUACCGGGACGAUUUACAAGCGGGGACAGCUUUUGGGACAGGGAGCAUUUGGACAAUGCUACACGUUUACCGACACUUCCGCCAACAGAGUCUAUGCCGUGAAGGUGGUCUCUCAACAGCGAGUCUCAAGGCUGGGCAACCGAGGAAGGGUUCUAAGUGAGAUUGAACUGCAUAGCCAGCUUCAGCACAGGAACAUUGUGGGUUUUCACCGACAUUUUGCUGACCAGGAGAACAUCUACAUGGUGCUCGAAUACUGUAGCAGGAAGUCCUUGGCCCACAUCCUGAAGGUCCGGGGGACGCUCACAGAGCCAGAGGUGCGAUUCUACCUGAAGCAAAUGAUUAGUGGCCUGCAGUACCUCCACCAGCAGGGCAUCAUCCACCGUGACCUCAAACUGAGUAACAUCUUCAUCACAAAGAGCAUGCAGGUGAAAAUUGGGGACCUGGGGCUGGCCACACAAGAACAGCAAGCCUGCCGGAGGAGAGGGGUGGUCUGUGGGACCCCCAAUUAUCUGGCCCCUGAAGUCAUUGCUAAGAGGGGGCACUCCUUCAAAUCAGACAUAUGGGCAUUAGGCUGCAUAAUGUAUACGGUCCUCGCCGGCUUCACCCCCUUUGAGAUCACGUGCAAGCAGGAGCUGUAUGAGAGGAUCCAAGAGGGCCACUACCCCCUUCCUGGCCACCUCUCCCUGGCCGCCCACAGUCUGAUUGGGAAGCUGCUGGCCCCUGACCCGUCUGCCCGCCCCAGCCUGGAGGAGGUGCUCCAGCAUCCCUUUUUCACCCAGCACUUCACCCCUGCCAGGCUCUCCUCUCGCACUUGCCGUUCUGCCCCCGUUUUCCUUUUUGCGAACCCGCUUCAAAAAUUCUUCCAGAAAAUGGCCGUGUUCCUUUUCCGGGGCUCCCCUUGCCAGGACCCCCAAACUGUGAGUCCUGCACCCCAAGAACAGGAGGAGCCAUCACAGCCACAAGGGGUGAGACUUGUUGCGCCUCCCUGUUUGGUGCUCUCCUCUGUGAUCCAUGUGGGGAACAGUCAGUGGCCUUAA